AUGAGUGCGCAAGCGGACCCCGCGCAGCGAGUCGCGAUAGGCAUAUCCUUUGGCAACUCGUACAGUUCCAUUGCUUUCACUUCGGGUGAAGGCAAAGCAGAGGUCAUCGCCAACGAAGACGGAGACCGUCAAAUUCCUACCGCCCUGUCCUACGUCGAAGGAGAAGAACUACACGGAGGCCAGGCCAAGACCCAAUUCGUCCGCAAUGCGAAGAACACAGUCGCCUACUUCCGCGACUUCCUCGGCCAAGACUACAAAUCGAUAGACCCCUCCCCAUGCCACCAGUCGGCCCAUCCCGUACAGCACGAGGACGGCGUUGCAUUCAACAUCCGCGAUACCGCCGACGAGCAGGAGAACACCGUAUCCGUUAUCGAUGCCACAACACGUCACCUGAAGAGACUACGGAGUUCUGCCUCUGACUACCUUGGAAAGGAGGUCAACGCCGCCGUCAUCACCGUACCCACAAACUUCAGUGAUGCCCAGAAGGAGGCCCUCAAGAAGGCGUCGACAAACGCUGGCAUCGAGGUCCUACAGUUCAUCCACGAGCCCACAGCUGCUGUCCUAGCAUACGAUGCCCGUCCUGGUGCGCAGUUGGCUGACAAGAUCAUCGUCGUCGCCGAUCUGGGAGGCACCCGUUCGGACGUGGCUGUGGUUGCGUCCCGUGGCGGCAUCUACACCAUCCUGGCCACUCUACACGACUACGAUGUCAGUGGCUCCAAGCUCGACCAAGUGCUCAUGGAACAUUUCGCCAAGGAGUUCCUCAAGAAGCACAAGUCGGCCGGUGACCCUCGGGAAAACGACCGAUCGUUGGCCAAGUUGAAGCUUGAGUGCGAAGCUGUCAAGAAGGCGCUUUCCAUUGGUACCACCGCCAACUUCUCCGUCGAGAGCUUAGUAGGCGGCACCGACUUCACCGCGACCAUCAACCGCACCCGCUACGAUCUCCUGGGAAGCAAGUUGUUCUCUGCCUUUACUCGUCUUGUCACUCAAGCUGUGGAGAAGGCCAACUUGGAUCCUCUCGACAUCUCCGAGAUUAUCUUGGCUGGCGGUAACUCUCACACUCCCAAGGUCGCUUCUGCGGUACGCUCAGCCUUCCCGGAAUCCACCACCGUCCUCGCACCUUCCACAUCCCCAUCAGCCAUCAACCCCUCGGAAUUGUCAGCCCGUGGUGCUGCUAUCCAAGCCAGCCUUAUCCAGGAGUUUGAGCUUGAGGACAUUGAACAAAGCACCCACCCUAUGGUCACUGUCACACCCCACCUUUCCACCGCUGUUGGUGUGCUGUGCAUCUCGGGUGAUGAGUCAUCUGGCGUUUUUCACGCCAUCGUCGACGCGGAGACACAACUACCUGUCCGACGCACUGCGACCAUUGCAACGCCACGAGAGGGAGGUGACGUGCUCAUCAAGCUUGCGGAAGGCUCACGACACAUCAAGGUCACAAAGCCAGAGCCCAAGCCCAAGGCUGAAAAAGACGAGGAUGAUUCGGAUGACAGCGACGACGACAGCGAGGAAGAGGAAGAGGAGCUACGGGAGAAGACAUGGAAGGUUGGACAAGUGCUGAGCGAAGCUGCAGUUCGUGGUGUCAAGAAGGGAGGAAAGGUCGAGGUCCAGAUCAACAUCGGUGCCGACCUGAGCAUAAAUGCCAUCAUUCGCGAAGUAGGUGGCAAGGGCGGUAUUCGUGGUCUUAUUCAGGGACGCAAGGUCAACGGCAGCGCCUAG